CAUUUUGAGCGAGAGACGAUGGCGUCUGUCCAAUCAGUUAAACAACCUCGUCCAAGUCUCAUAUGCACGGAACAGGGUUAACGAUUAGGAAAGUGUCUAGAAUAGUUGGUACUUUAGCAUUUUAGGAGAGAUAACGUUUAGAAACACUUAAUGAUCCCAAUCUUUAGAUUAACUAACAAUAUUUUAAGACGUUACUCGCUGGCUAGUUACUGUAAACUAGCUGGGUAAGCUUUCCAGCUGUCAAGCUAGCUCGUAGUCUGCAGCUAUAGGUGCUUGACUAUUCUAGCGAAGUAUCUUUGACGAUUGAUCUCUAGGUUUCAUCCUCACAUUGGGGGAUUGUUAAAGUUACAUUGCUGUCGCCGAGCAAGAAACUGCUGACUGUGAAGUUUGGAGUCCCUCGUCAGUGGUGUGAAUGACGGAGUCAUGGCAGAACACCCCCCCCCACUGGAGUCCGGCCAGAUACUCAGUCCUGACGUCCCUCUCCUCGCCUCGCCCCCCCCUGGCAUGGUCAACGGAGACGGACCCCAGCAGGUUAUCCUGGUGCAGGUGAACCCAGGUGAGGCCUUCACUAUCCGGCGAGAGGAUGGUCAGUUUCAGUGUAUCACAGGUCCUGCUCAGGUACCCAUGAUGUCUCCUAAUGGUUCAGUGCCUCCAAUAUAUGUGCCUCCUGGAUACGUUUCACAGAUUAUAGAGGAGAAUGGAGUCCGUCGUGUUCUGGUGUUACCUCAGCAACCAGAGUUCCACCCCGGGGGCCACUCCCCACUGCACCACCCCCCUCCUCCCCCCCAUGCCCACCUCCCCACCUUCAUCCCCCACCACCCCAUGAUGCCUCACCCACCCCACAUCUACAGCAGCAUGGCCGGGGGUGUUGGGGACAUGGGCUCCCAGUACAUACCGCAGUACCACCCAGCCCACAUCUAUUCAGAGCAGGUCUCGACAGAUCCUCACUCCCCACACGGCCGUCCUCUGCCGUUCGCCCACCGCGAUGAGAGGGCCAGCAAGACGUAUGAGCGCCUGCAGAAAAAGCUCAAGGACCGUCAGGGCGGGGAGCGUGGAGGGCAAAUGAAGGACAGCCCCCCUCCCUCACCCCAGAAGAGUGGCAGCAGCCCCCCCUCCAUGGACAACGUCCACAACGGGGUGGGGGGAAAGGGGCUUGAGGCUGAACACGGACAGACCAGCCGGGGUCCAGAGGCUACAGAGCUGGAUGCAGAGACCCAGGCCCUGCAAGCCCUUCUGAACACCAUUAGUAAACCAGCAAUCACAGACAUCCAGGCCAGAGGGGCAGUGUUGAGCUGGGUGGCCCCAAGCAGAGGGCAGGGAGAAGGGGAUAACCCCGAAAGAGACGCCCCCUCCUCCCUGGAGCCUCUCAGUUACGAAGUGUCCAUAUCCUACAACGGCAAGGGUGGAACGUAUACCAGCGUGUACAGUGGAGAAGAACUAAGUGCAACUUUAAAGGACUUGAGGCCAGCAACAGACUAUCACGUCAGGGUCGUGGCUGUGUGCCCAUGUUUACAGGGAAGUCCAUCAGAGCCUGUAGCCUUCACCACUCUGAGCUGUGAGCCAGACCCUCCCAGCCCCCCCAGGAAGGCCAGUGGGUCCAAGAGCAGCACCCUUGUCCUCCAGUGGAAGGCUCCAUGUGACAACGGAUCCAAAAUCCAAAACUACAUCCUCCAGUGGGAUGAGGGCAAAGGGACGGGGGUGUACGAGCAGUGCUACUACGGACCACAGAAGCAGUACCGGGUCACCAAGCUCUCCCCAGCUUCAAGAUAUUCCUUCCGCCUUGCAGCCAAAAACGACAUGGGAGUCAGUGAGUUCUCUGAGGUAGUGGACCUCUACACCUCCUGCAGUGUUCCCUCUCCGCCCCUGCCCCCUGAGCUGGUGAAGGCAGGGGUCACGUGGUUAUGUCUGACAUGGCAGAGACCCUCCGCUUCCCCCAAAGAGGAUGACAUCUACUACACCCUCGAGAUGGACGACGAUGAGGGUUAUGGCUUCCAGCCCCGUUAUGACGGAGACGAGCGGUCCUGUACUGUCAAGAACCUGCACAGGAGCACAAAGUACAAGUUCAGGGUGGCAGCAUACAACACAGAGGGGAAGAGUAACCCCAGCCAGGUGGCGGAGUUCACCACGUGUCCAGACCGACCAGGUGGACCCUGUCGACCUGUGAUUAAAGGCAGGGCACUGCCCACCUCCUUCAGACUGGCAUGGGAACCCCCUGAAGACAAUGGAGGAGCAGAGGUUACCAAGUACGUGGUGGAGAUCUCUGAGGGACUCAGCGGUUUGUCGUGGGAGUUGGGGUACAGUGGGCCAGCCCUGGAACAUCUGUGUGAUGGUCUCCUGCCUGGCCAUUCCUACCAGACCAGAGUUUACUGCAUGAGCGAGGGGGGGCAGAGCCCGCUGUCGGAGACCCUGCAGGUCCAGACCCCCGCUGUGCCCCCAGGGCAGUGUCAGCCACCCCGUGUGGUGGGCAAGCCCAAAGCCAGGGAGGUGCAGCUACGCUGGGCUCCUCCUGGUGUGGAUGGAGGCAGUCCGGUGUCUCUUUACAGUGUGGAGGUGUGCGGGUUAGGUCCUCAGGGGUCAGCCGGUCAGGAGGAGUUCAGGGAGGUAUACCAGGGGUCAGAGGUCGACUGCACUGUGGGUAAUCUGCUGCCGGGACGGAUUUACGGCUUCCGCCUGCGGGCCUCCAACAAGGCUGGGUUUGGGCCCCAUUCAGAGCGCAGUGAGGUGACCACAGGCCCCGGGGCCCCUGAGCCCUGCAAGGCCCCUCACAUCACCUGCAAGUCCCCCACUGUGGCCGUAGUCAGCUGGGAGGUCCCAGUCAGUAAUGGAGCGCCCGUGUCGGAGUACCGGGUGGAGUGGGGCGCAGCGGAGGGAACCAUGCAGGUGUGUUAUAGUGGUGCCAGCCUCACCCAUGAGGUCAAGGGACUGCUUCCUGCCACCAUCUACUUUUGCCGUGUACAGGCUGUGAACGUGGCGGGCGUGGGUCCGUUUAGCGAGGCAGUCCUCUGUCAGACUCCGCCCUCUGUACCUGCAGCCGUCAGCCUUGUCCACGCCCUCAAAGAGGCGGAGCUAAGGGGUUUCCACAAUUCCCCCGAUCAGGAGGAGGAGGAGGAGGAAGAGGAAGAAGAGGAUGAUGAGGAUAGACCGCCCGUGCCUCCACUCUACUCCCCUUCAACAUGUCUAGGUGUUCGCUGGGAGGCACCCUGUGACCACGGGGCUGAGAUCACCACCUACAUCAUUGAUCUUGGGGAGAGACAGCCAAUCUCUGUAGGACCAGUCACCAAACACAUCAUCCAGAAUCUGCAGCCUGACACCAGCUACAGGAUUCGUAUCCAGGCUCUGAACAGCCUGGGGGCGGGUCCUUUUAGCCACACCUUUAAGCUGAAGACCAAGCCCCUGCCCCCCCAGCCCCCCCGGCUGGAGUGUACGGCCUUCAGCCACCAGACCCUCAGGCUGAAGUGGGGUGAUGGUCCGUCCAAGGCCACGCCCUCAGAUGCCCUCCAGUACCAGCUGCAGAUGGCGGACAAGAGUGGCAGGUUUGUGUGUUUGUACAGAGGGCCCUGCCACACUCACAAAGUCCAGCGCCUCAGUGAGUCUACCUCAUACAUGUUCCGCGUCCAGGCCUUCAACGAAGCCGGCCAGGGCCUCUUCUCCCCAGCCUACACCUUCACCACCCCCCGCUCACCUCCCGCACCCCUCAAAGCUCCCAAGGUUGAGCGAGUUGAGGACAUGCCAUCAGUCUGUGAAGUGAGCUGGGAGCUCCUGCUGCCCAUGAAGGGAGACCCAAUCAUCUACACACUGCAAAGCAUGAUGGGUAACUCUGAAUACAAACAGGUGUAUAAGGGUCCAGCCUCGUCCUGCCAGGUCCCUGGCUUGCAGCCCAACAGUGAGUACCGCUUCAGGGUGUGUGCCGUCCGGCAGUGCCAGGACGCUCCGGAGCUGAGUGGACCCUACAGCCCCACGGUGGUGCUGUCCCCCCAGCGCAGUGAGCUGUCGGCGGGCAGCUUGAGUGGUGCGGGUCCCCGGGCUGGAGCGGACGUGGCCCGGCCAAUACGCACCCCCCUCAGCGACGAGCAGUGGGCGGCUCUCAUCCUCAUGCUCUUUGCUGUCAUCUCCAUCCUCAUCGCGUUCGUCAUCCAAUACUUUGUCAUCAAGUGAGCUGCACCUCUUUUCUCCCCCCUCCCCGGUUCCUCCUCUCCCCCCCCCCUCCCCGGUUCCUCCUCUCUCUCUCCCCCGCUCUCUCUCGCUCUAUAUCUGUCUCUCUCUCUGUCUCUCUUUCUCUGUUCCCAGCUGCAGGGUUACAGCUUUAUUCUCCUGUUGUGGUUGUUGUUGAUGAUGUUGUUGAUGUUGUUGUUGUUUUUGUUUCUUUGUGUUGUCACACCUGGAUGAUCAUGUUUAGCAGAAGGCUUGGGGUGGUGGGCGUGUGGGGGGGGGCACCAAGGCCACAGGAAGUUACGUGAUGUUCUUUUCAUGGCCUCUCAUUGGUUAAAAACGGUCUAGAUUCCUGUGCGAUUGGUUAAUGAAGGAGCAGGGAUAGAUGGUUUAAAGGUUAACAAAGCUCUCUUUCUGUCACUCGGCAUGUAUGUUUCCAACCAUAUAUUUGUAUAGCUAAUAGAUAAUCCAUAUUUAUAAUUGAGUUUAAAAGUGUCCCGUAUGAACCAUGUAUGUUUUUGAUUAAUGUUCCAAAACUAGUAUGUAGUUGGAUUAUAUUAAAUAGCCUAUGCUGUUACACCUGGGACCUGAUUGGCCAGUGUUUGCACAGAGGGGUGUGUCCAGGUACACAGGUAGGAGAGGGCGGAGCUGGGGGGGCGAAGUCAGAUGUCAUAGAUAUACGAAUAUUGUUUGCAUUAUAGAACAUUCAUUUAGCACUUUCCAACUUUUUUGAUGUUCAGAAUGUGUAAGGAUGCAAAAAUGACUGGAGAAAUGUUAGUAUAUUUUUGUACAGUAACGACACGAGGACCUGUUAGUUGUUCGACAAAUAAAUUGCUCAGAUGUAGACUUUAGAGAAAUGAAACAAAAAAAACUUACACAAUGAUGAAAAAUUCUAAUUAUUUUUACUAUCAUGUAGUUAUACUGUAGCUUGUUUUUACAAUCAUGCAGCUGCUUCAGUGUUGUUCAGCACAAAACAUGGACUUUGCUUAUUAUCCUGAAUCUCUUUAUUUUGCACUUGAUGAAAGAGGAAACCUUGACUGACUGUCUCGGUGAUGCGUUUUAUAGAACUACACAUUUUCAGAUUGUGCAAAACCCUACGUGUGUUUGGGGUGUUUUAAAAGUUCUAGUACCACCACCCAAGCACGUACCGAGCUCUGACCCGAACAGCUUGUUGCUCCCAAUGGUAUCAGAACCAAUUAGCUGUUUCCAGGCGACAGGAUUGCAUUAUAAACAAAUUAACAUUUAGGAGUAUUUUCUUAAUGUCCCAGAAUUUCAUUUUUUUUUGGAUGGGGGUUGUUUUUAGUUUUUAGAAAACACUAAAAGUUGUUCUUUUUUUCUUUUUGUUAAUUUUUUUUAGCAAUUGAUUUGAUGUUUCUAGUAAACAGUAUUUAAUAUACUCAUCAUCAUGAAAUUAAAAUAAUAUUAUUAGCAGGAUAUGGUAAUUUCUGAUUUAUUUAGAUAUAUUUUUGUCUAUUUUUUUAUGAGAUUUAAAUAAAUGCUAUUUUAAGUUGUCUGGAGAAAAUAAGAAAACACCAAAAUAAAUAUUCAUGAGACAAAAAAUAACACCGUAGAUCAGAACUGUGCUAACUCGUACUUCCUGUGAAUCAAAAGUUUGGCCUUUUCUCUGUGUGUGCAAGUCUUUGUAGCCGAUUUCCGAAUUGCGCUGAGCUGGUCAGUGUAGUCAUUGAUCAGACUGUAGAGUCUAGUGUUGUGUUUUGGUUAUGGGCAGAUUAUGAUUCUUGCUGUUGCAGCCACUAUAAUGAUGACUAUACAGGUACCUUGCCAAACGUCUUGGGGGAAUUACUUUGAUUUGGUUGGCCAGGCAUCUCUAACCUCCGAUGUCUUAACUCUCAUUCAAGGACUCAAAUUCCUAUUUUUGAUAGAGAACAGUGUGUGCAAUUUUAAGCCCUUCUCACCGUGGUUAACCUGCUGUGUGGCUGAGGGGGAGAAAGAAGAAAUGAAACGAUACAAAAACAAAUAAAAUAUGCACAAAAAAUGAGACCAUUUUUAUGUAAUUUUAAUGUUUGCAGUUACCUCAUAACACCGUACAUUCCAAAAGGAAAAUUUGUUAUACUAUUCAUCUCCCAGGGCCAGACAUAUCAUGUUCAAAUGUUAUGGGAAAACAUGUAUAAUCAUAAAUAUGUAUCUGAAGUGUGUCUGUAUAGCCAUGAUAUCUACAAAAAGAUCCAUGCACAAUAAAAGAUUUAUAAUUCUUAAA